CAUUUCAUACCCGGACUCUCCCUCACCCAUGAAGAUCUGCCAUCCAAGUCCCAACUGGAUUUUGCACGCCUUGGGUUCUUGGUCCAGCCACAGGUCAAAGGUACCCUGGAAUUGGUAAACUUCUUAGCAACAAACCUUUUCCUAUUUUCACUGUACCUUUGAGGCCACUUCCUGUAAGCAGUCUAGAGCCUUGUCUGGAAUCAUGCCUCUGUCAGGAACACCAGCCCCACCAUACAAGAGAAAAAAGCUCUCCAAGAUCAUCACUGACCUGUCACACGUAACCCAAGAUGAGUAUGAAUCAGAGCCCAAGGCCUCAGAAUUUGACUUGGGGAAAAAGAUCAGGGCACCCAAGGAUAUCAUGCUGGAGGAACUAUCCCUAAUGAAGAACAAAGGCUCCAAGAUGUUCAAGAUGAGGCAGCUGCGUGUGGCGAAGUUCAUCUAUGAGAACAAUCCUGACUUCUUCAGUAGUGAGUCCAUGGAUAACCUCCAAAAGUUCAUGCCCAGUCUUGGGGGCCAGAUGUUGGUGGAUGUUGGUGGCCACGUGAUUGGUGGACAGAUGGCUGGCCAGGCUGGUGGGGCCAGCCUAGCACCAGUGCCUCCUACUAAACCCGGAAGCUAUGGAAAGGGAGCAGCAGGUGGGCUCACUGGUGGAGCUGGAGGUGCCGGAGUGGCAGGAGGAGCAGGGGGGAAGGAUGGUGUGUCAGGAGAUGCCUCACGGAGUGAGGAACAUUCUAAGGCUGCUUUGGAAAAAGUAGAAAAGAGAGCUGCAUAUGAGAAUACAUACGUUUCCCAUUGGGAACGGGCUAUGAAGGGCAAUGAAGAACUUGUAGCCACAAUGAAGGCUCAAAUGCCAGUACCCUGCCCUCAAAAGGAGCUGCGCAAAUAUAAGUGCUUUAACAGGAGUGCUCUGCCUUAUGGAGGUUUUGAGAAGGCCACACAGCUGAUGACCUUCCAGCUGCCAGACAUCGAGGUGGCCACGGAGGAGCCUGAACCUGCAGUGGUGUACCAUCGUGGUAUUGGUUCACGACCCUCCUUCAACCGCACACCUAUCGGAUGGGGGGGCAGUGGUGAACAAGGCAGCAUUCACAUGGAGUUGGAUACUAUACCAUUCGAUGGGGAGACUGACGACCUGUGAAUCUACCUGUGCACACAGUCACAAUGCAACAAUCGAUCAGGAGAAUGGCAAACCUCUCUCACUGUACAUGAAUCUAAAUCUGCCUCUGAAUGUGAGCUUUAAAAAAAAAAAAAAAA